AUGAGGCCAGGAAGGGGACCACGGGUGGCAGAGACACCGCCCAGCCUUGUCUUCAUUGCAGGCUCAUGGCAUCAAGGCAAAUGUUACGAGAGAAUCACUCAACCAUUGGAGACUCGUCACCAAAUAAGAUGCACGACGGUCACUCUAACAUCCACGCUGGGCGAUCCAGAAUCAUCAUUCGAGGAUGAUGUUGAUGCUGCUCGCAGCGCAAUAACACUGGAAACUUCACGGAGCAGAGACGUGGUAGUGAUUGCCCACUCUUUCGGAGGCAUGGUGGGCAACUCGGCCAUCAAAGGUCUCAGUAGAUCAAAAAGCGCAAAGUCGAAUGAGAAUAUCACAUCCGGUGCCGUGAUAGGACUUGUCCUCAUCGCCUCUGGCUUUACGCUGACCGGCCUCUCAUUCAUGGAUCCGAUGUUCGGCAUUCCCCCACCCUCCUGGAAAGUCAACAAAGAGACUGGCUUUGCAGACCUGGUGACGCCUCCUCGAGAGCUCUUCUAUCACGACUUAUCGGCCGAGGAUGCCGACUACUGGUUUCGCAGCGGCGAGCAUGCGUACGCGGGCUGGCAGGAUGUACCGACUUGGUAUAUUGGGACAACCGAAGAUAGAGGGAUGCCAGUGGUGGUGCAGAGGAUGCAAGUCGGCAUGGCUAGGGCGAUGGGGGGCCAAGUUGUUCAUCGGGAACUACAGAGCAGCCAUUCACCCUUUCUGAGCAUGCCCGACAAGUGUGUGGCGAUCAUACUUGAAGCCAUCGAAGUGUUUACUGGAAAGCCGCUUGACGAUGCGUCUGUGUCAAAAUCGGCAGAAGAAAUGGGCGAGAGAGAAUUCGUGGUACCGGCAGUUCGACUCUUACAGCCAACUUCUUGGUUUCGAUACGGCAUACCGUUCGGACUUGGGCGCUUCGUGGGCAACUGUAUCACUGCUUUUGAGUGGAUCAGGAGUCUCUGGAGGACAAAACAGCGAUGA